GAUUUAAUUAUUAUUAUUGUUAUGAAUAACUUCGUUCAAGCUGAUUAAUAAUUUGAAUUCUUUGCCAACUUGUUAUAUUUAAUUACCCCACACUGUAAUCAUAUGCUUAUGUUUUGAAUUCGCCUUACGCUCUUUUAUACAUGCAGCUCACACAUGUACAUACAUACAUAUCUCUCUUUAUAAUCUCGAAAUCGAACAUUAAAAAUCAGUGCAUAUUAGAGACCGAAACAAGUCGAACGUUUUAUUCCAUUCUAAUAACUCUGCAUUCGGCAGAGUCCGCACAUUUUGGCGACCGUGACAGGACUCUGCAUUCGGCAAGUCCCACCAUAAACCACUUCGAAUCAUUCCCUCUGCAUUCGGCGGAGAAAUAGAUUCCAUCAACGCCAGAAUAAUUGGUGUAUUUCGGCACGCAGUGCAGCUCAUCGGAGUAUUGGCAGUGCGUUUGGCAUCAGCGUUGGAUCUCCGGAAGCAUCGUUGGAUCACCGGAAUCUUCGCCACUGGAUCGUCGUGGAUACCUGCAUACAGGGUAUGCGCAUCAUAACCGUCGCAAGUACAGAUUUGGAGACCAAAGAACAGCGGCACAAAGAGGACGAAAAACUGUAAGCUAGACUCGCAAAUGCAAUCGCGGUUUUGUCAUUCCACUCUGAACCAAAGGGCAUUGCCCAUAUACACACAUACAAACUUGUGCAGCUGGUCUGCAAAUAAAUAAGCCAAAAAUUGAGUUAUUUUCCCAAGCAUCGGAGUGUUUUGUUUUCUCCCUCUGAACCAAAGGGCAUUGCCAACAUAUUUGGAAUUGCUUCACUCAAUAAUUACUCCACAAUUAGUUUUCGCUAAAUAAAUCGUUGCAAAAAUGACUGAUACUCAACUCGUGUCUUUAAGACAACAAAGGAAUACAAUUCAGCGAAAUAUAGUUAAUCUCAAAGUUCGCAUCGAACUGCAGAACGACCUUGCUGCCCUUGAAUGCCAGUCACAAAUUUUGGAAUCGUAUUUUAAACAAAUUCUUCAAAUUCAAUCACAGAUCGAACGGCUGGAUGCGGCUGACGACGGCCGGCAAGAAUUAGAGGACGUAUUCAUAGAAACCAAGGCAAUUAUCAUCACUCGUAUUGGGGCGUCAAAGAAGGACCGGCCAGAAGAUGCAAGUUUCUUUAAUUCAUCGGCAAAUUGCGCAACUGGGCACCAUAAUCGUUUGCCUUCGUUAAAGCUGCCUAAGUUCGACGGGAAGUAUGGUGACUACAUGAAGUUUAUUACUGCCUUUACUAGCAUGGUACAUGAUGACGCUUCUAUAUCAGCUGUUGACAAAUUUAACUACUUGCUUAGCUGUUUGUCUGGCCCCGCGCUGAGUGUUGUGGCCCCUUUUCAAGUGUCCGAAAUCAAUUAUCCAAAGGCGUUAAAGCAGUUAAAGGAGCGUUACGAUAAAAAGGUUUUGAUUUUCAUAGAGCACAUAUCUAGCUUAUUUGAUAUUCAAAUUAUGAAAAGAUCUGAUCCCGCAGCUCUUCGUUGUAUCUUGGAUACCGUCUCCGCGCUGCGUGAAUCGUUGUUGUCGUUAGGAACAGAAGCAGAUGUUAUGAACGCAAUACUAAUUCAUCUUGUUUUAUCUAAAAUUGAUGCAGAUUCGAAAUUAUCGUACGAUCGGGUUCAAGAAUACGAGGUGUUGCCUACUUGGGAGGAUUGUUAUCGCAGUUUAAGCCGUCAUUGUCAAUUUUUGGAGAGCAACGUUAAACGAACAUCUGAUGAGAAGCCAAAGGAAAGGCCCACGCAGAAUAGAAGAGCCUUUGUUACGGCACAGGGUGGUUGUAAAAAAUGUUCUGUUACUGAUCACUCUCUCAAUCAGUGCCCUUCAUUUGGUUUACUAGACUGGCAGGAUAAAUUGAAUUUCGUCAAGCAAUCCGCUCUGUGCAUAAAUUGUUUGCGCACCGGCCAUUUGGCGAGCAGAUGUCCAAGUAGAUCUCGUUGCCGCGUUUGUCAAGGCUUACAUCAUACUAUUCUGCAUAGAACUGCUCAUCCAGAGCAACCAACACAAAUUGUCUCCCACACAUCUCAGCAGCAGCGGGAACCCACACAUGCUGUUUCCAUGCUUUCGCGUCAUUCGAGGCGCGCUUUAAUUCCUACGGCAAUAGUAUUGAUUAAGGAUAAGUUCGGAAUAUUUCAGCCAGCCAGAGCUUUGCUUGACUCAGGCUCUGAAAUAAAUUUCAUCUCUGAAGAGUUGGCCAAGCUCCUUCAGCUCAGAUUCGAGAGACAGAAGUAUGACAUUUCUGGCAUAGGCGAUGUCAGAACGCAGAUGAGAUUCUCGGUCUCAACAACUAUUCGAUCACGAUUAUCUGUAAAUGAAUGGCAUUUACAAUUCGCUGUAGCCAAGACAAUAUCGCUUAAUCAGCCAGAGCGAUUCGUUGACACUUCACAAUGGAACAUACCCUCAGAGAUUGACCUUGCAGAUCCAGGCUUCUACAUGCCUCACCGGAUUGACCUACUCAUCAGCACACAAGAGUUUUUUGAUUUACUUUCACAUGGCAAAAUUUCUUUAGGUCCAGGCCUUCCUUGCCUGGUCAAUACUGCACUUGGUUGGAUCGUUGGCGGAAAGGUUUCUGAUAUUCCGCAAUCCCAAGUCGUAACAUGCAACAUGGCACGUUCUACGGAGCUGCAAGGUGCAUUAGAAAGGUUUUGGCUAAUCGAGGAGUUUGAUUCGCACGAUCAAGGUUUCACCGCAGAAGAGCAGGAAUGCGAACGACAUUUUGUGGCAAACACAAGGUUUCUCACAUCUGGACGAGUCCAAGUUUGCUUGCCAUUUAAGGAGAAUCCUCACAUGUUAGGUAAAUCUUUUGAAAUUGCCAAAUCCCGGUUUUUGCAAAAUGAACGGAGGUUGAGCCGCAACCCGUUGUUAAAGGAGAUGUACGUUCAAUUCAUGAGGGAAUACCUAGAUUUGAAUCACAUGCAAUUGGCAUCUGAUUUCGACUCUCAAAAGACCCAUUAUGUAAUCCCGCAUCAUGGAGUCCUGAGAUCAGAAAGCACGACUACCAAGCUGCGUGUUGUGUUUGAUGCAUCGUGCAAAACAACGUCGAACCUUUCUCUGAAUGAGUUGUUGAUGAUUGGCCCAAGCAUCCAGCAGAAUCUUAUCCUAACACUUCUUGCCUUUCGCUUACAUCGUCAUGCACUUGUAGCUGAUAUCUGCAAGAUGUAUCGCCAGUUUGAAGUAUCACCAGACGAUCGUAUGUAUCAACUUGUUCUCUGGAGAGAAUCCUCAGCUGCGCCUUUAGAAUUGUUUCAGCUCAACACUGUCACGUACGGCAUGUCCUGCGCACCAUUUCUAGCAAUCAGGAGCUUGAAAUAUAUUGCAGAUAAGUUCUCAAAUCAGUUUCCCAUCGGAGCAGCAGUACUUAAAGAAGAUAUGUACGUCGAUGACCUCCUUACUGGAGCAGACAGUGUCGAAGAGCUUCAUCUCAAGGCUACAGAGGUCACCAGCAUACUUUCUAAGGCUGGAUUAGAGCUUGCAAAGUGGAACACAAGCAAAAUAGAAGGCAACGGAGCAGAGUUUCAAUUUAAGGUUGAUACCAAAGAUGUUACGAAGACUUUGGGCAUGUCGUGGCAACCAAAACUAGAUGUGUUUUGUUUCAGGUAUACCCUACCUACAAUCUCUGUCGUCACCAAGCGGAGCAUCGUUUCACUUGUAGCUCACCUGUACGAUUUGCUAGGGCUCGUAUCACCAGUCGUUAUUCGAUGCAAAAUAUUGGUCCAAGAGUUGUGGAUGCAUCGUCUAAACUGGGACGAUCCACUUCCCCCUGAGCUUCAAUCUCAGUGGAAGCGAAUAGAAGAAGAUUCGCACAAUCUUCAAAUCAUCGAAGUUCCAAGAUUCAUUAACUCGUCACCUAAAAAUCUAUCGGAAAUACAUGGAUUUUCAGAUGCGUCGCAGCGAGCUUAUGGGUGUUGCCUAUAUUUACGAACAUACAUAAACGGAGAGUUCAAAUCAAUGCUAAUCAUCGCCAAGUCUAAGGUGGCCCCAAUAAAAGCAAUUUCAUUGCCGCGGCUAGAAUUGUGCGCCGCAUAUUUAUUGUGUCAAACAUGGGUAUUUUCUUUUGGACAGAUUCAAGAAUCGUUCUACAGUGGCUUACCAUGCACUCGUCCAGGCUAAACUGUUUCGUCGCUAACCGGAUUUCUGAGAUGCAAUCAACCACGUCAAACAUCACUUGGAGGCACGUUCCGGGCAAGGACAAUCCCGCGGACAUAGUUUCAAGAGGCUGCGCAGCGUCCGAGCUUAUGGAAACUAUAUGGUUUCGUGGACCAAGCUUCUUACGUCAAGACUCAUCUGGAUGGCCUCAACCAGUACCAAAUUCUCAGGACACCAAUGAAGAGUUGGAGCUGCGAAAAGCAACAGUCCUCACAUGUACCGAUAAUGGAAGCAAGGAAGAUGUAUUCGAUGAAGUUAUCAACAAAUUCUCAUCCUAUCGGCGCAUUUUGCGAGUCAUAGCUUUUGUGUUGCGCGUCUUUAAUAGAAUCAAGGUCAACAAAAAGGUGAACUUAGUCGAUGUAAUUCAUACACCAGCAACUGAAUUGCAAUACGCGUUCAAGCACAUCGUAUCACAUAUUCAGCAGAAGACCUUUUUCAACGAAAUCCAGCAGCUAAAGGAAAACAGGAUUUUAAAACCCGAAUUUCAGAAACUAAAUCUGUUCCUAGCAGCGACUAACGGGCCAAACGGUUCGAUAACACUAUUACGUGUAGGAGGCCGCUUAGCCAAGGCGCCCAUUUCACUCGAUGCCAAAUUUCCUGUUCUUCUACCAAAGAAUCAUUGCUUCACGUUGAAAUUUGUUGAGUAUCUCCACCGGCAUCACAUGCACGCUGGACCAAAGGCUCUCAUUGGAAUCCUGCGACUUCAGGCUUGGAUUGUAAACGCCAGAGAAGUUGUGCGAAAGAUUGUACGGCGCUGCACACACUGUUACCAUUAUAAGCCUCGUUUAAUGGAACAAAUGAUGGGAUCACUUCCAGUUGAUCGCUUUCAUUCACAACGACCUUUUUUUGUAACUGGAGUCGACCUAUGUGGACCAUUUUCCACAUCAUACCGCAUUCGAAGCAAGGUGCCAUAUAAAACAUACAUGGCUGUGUUUAUAUGCUUUUCGUCAAAAGCAAUCCACAUAGAACUCAUUUCCGAUCUAUCCACUAAUAAUUUUAUUCUCUGCUUAAAGCGCUUCGUCAGUCGCAGAGGCAUCCCACUACGCAUUUAUUGUGACAAUGCAACUAAUUUCGUCGGUGCACGAUCGCAGCUCGAGGACUUUAAGCAGCAGCUAUUCGACGAAGCCAACACAUUGAAUUUGCAGAAGUUCAGCAGCAUCGUGGGAUUCGAGUUCAAGUUCAUCCCUCCGCGUGCUCCCCACUUUGGCGGCUUGUGGGAGGCCGCAGUGAAGUCCAUGAAGAGCCUAAUGAUGAAAAACUUGGGCAACACUGGGCUAACGUACGAGGAGCUUCAAACGAUUGCAAUCGAGUCGGAGGCAAUCUUGAACUCAAGACCAAUGGCACCCCUUUCCGAAGACCCAAACGAUGGAGAGGCGCUUAGCCCAGCGCACUUGCUGAUUGGGUCCUCUUUGAUGUCCGUACCGGAGCCUUCAAUUGACGAGAGCAGACCAUCUUAUCUUACGCGGUGGCAGCGCGUAACGUAUUUGAAGCAGCAGUUCUGGGAGCUAUGGAGGCGUGACUAUUUACACACGCUUCAGGAGCGCUCCAAAUGGCUCAAACCCCACGCCAACAUUCAAAUUGGCCAAAUGGUGAUUGUUCACGAGGAUAAUACACCUCCCCAGGAAUGGAUCCUUGGUCGCAUCACCAACACGCAUGUCGGAGCUGAUGGACGAGUACGAGUGGCCGAGAUCAAGGUGAAAAAUGGAACCAUUCGAAGACCCAUCUGUAAGAUAGCGCCCCUGCCUGAGCAAACUGGUGCUUGAAUACUCCUUGGAUCAUUCAACGGGCGGAGAAUGUUCGAUGACAUCAUAAGUCAACAUUAAUUUUGAUUUAAUUAUUAUUAUUGUUAUGAAUAACUUCGUUCAAGCUGAUUAAUAAUUUGAAUUCUUU